AUGAACGGUUUCAUUGAGAGAAAGUAUGAUCGGUGUAAAUCCCUCUUCAUCUUCAAAUCAGUUCUCGACGAAGCCGGAGCGGCGAGACCUCUGGUGAAGGAGGAAGAGGUCACCUCCGAUGCUAACGAAGAACAGCCCCCCAAGGACAUAGGUAAUAUUAAUAGUUACAGGGGCGUGCGGCGGCGGCCGUGGGGGAAGUACGCGGCGGAGAUAAGGGAUUCGACGAGGAACGGCGUGAGGGUUUGGUUGGGAACGUUCGACACGGCAGAGGCGGCGGCGCUGGCGUACGACCAAGCGGCGUUUUCAAUGCGGGGUUCCAUGGCGAUUCUCAAUUUUCCGGCGGAGGUGGUGCGGGAGUCCCUCCGCCAGAUGAACUGCGGGGUCGACGACGCGCCGUCGCCCGUUCUGGCGCUGAAGAGGCGGCACUCUAUGAUGAGGGUGUCAAAGAAAAGGAAGGGCAACGAAGAAUUCGGCUUUCCCGGAAAUGUCAUAGAGUUGGAGGACUUGGGUGCAAAUUAUUUGGAGGAGCUUCUUGGCUUGUCUGUUUCUGAGACUUCUUGUUAGCCCCUUUUAAUUUUUUUUAUUUUUUAUUUUUUAUUUUUCUUCGUGUUACGUUGAUGAUAGCUUGGACCUUUGUGGAUUAAGAUUAGCCACGUCAUCUCAUGCAAAAAAUAUAUAUUUUAUGUCCCACAAAAAAAAAAUAAAAACAAUUUCCUUUUUCAA